GUGGGUGCAGUGCGUAAGGGUGUGCAGCGGUCACGGAAGCUGCUUGAAGACCGGCGUGGCCUGAGCGCGCGAGGGUUAGAUUUGUGAUUCACGGUUCGUGUUGUGGGAGGGUUAAAGGGGUGACGCGUGUGUUGGUCAUAGUGGAGGUAUCAGGGGACCAUGAUGCCCCCCAUAAUCGGGGAAACACUUCGCGUAUGGUUUCUCUCGGCGUUAGUGGUACAUGGUGCUGUCGCUGGCAAUCCGGAUGCCAAGCGUCUUUACGACGAUCUUCUAUCUAAUUACAAUAAACUAGUGCGCCCCGUAGUGAAUACCUCGGACGUGCUACGCGUGUGCAUCAAAUUGAAACUGUCGCAGCUUAUCGAUGUGAACUUAAAGAAUCAGAUCAUGACGACGAACUUGUGGGUCGAACAGUCAUGGUACGAUUACAAACUGCGAUGGGAGCCAAAGGAAUAUGGAGGAGUUCACAUGUUACACGUGCCGUCCGACCAUAUAUGGAGGCCCGACAUAGUCCUCUACAAUAACGCGGACGGCAACUUCGAGGUGACCUUGGCCACGAAGGCCACCAUCUACCAUCAAGGAUUGGUCGAGUGGAAGCCCCCCGCCAUUUAUAAGUCAUCCUGCGAGAUCGACGUGGAGUACUUCCCAUUCGACGAGCAGACCUGCGUCCUCAAGUUCGGUUCGUGGACCUAUGACGGCUUCAAGGUCGACCUAAGGCACAUGGAUGAGAAAUCCGGAAGUAACGUGGUGGACGUCGGCGUCGACCUCUCCGAGUUCUACAUGUCUGUAGAAUGGGACAUUUUAGAAGUGCCUGCUGUACGAAACGAAAAAUUUUACACCUGCUGCGACGAGCCGUACCUGGAUAUCACCUUUAAUAUAACGAUGAGAAGAAAAACGCUUUUUUACACUGUGAACAUUAUUAUUCCGUGUAUGGGAAUAUCCUUUCUUACGGUCUUGACGUUUUAUCUGCCCAGCGAUAGCGGAGAAAAGGUCACGCUCUCUAUCUCGAUCCUCAUCAGUCUUCACGUGUUCUUCCUGCUGGUCGUCGAGAUCAUUCCACCUACGUCGCUGGUCGUGCCGCUGCUUGGAAAGUACCUGAUAUUCGCCAUGAUACUCGUCUCAAUAAGCAUUUGCGUGACAGUGGUUGUCCUCAAUGUUCACUUUCGAUCACCGCAGACACAUAAAAUGGCGCCUUGGGUGAAAAGGGUCUUUAUUCACAUUCUUCCCCGCUUGUUAGUUAUGCGGAGGCCGCAAUAUAAAUUUGACACGAACAGAUAUAGUUCGGGUAGAGUGUUAAUGAGAACAGUAAGAGGCAAAGAGAAAACUUGCUAUUAUCCUUACCAAUCAUCCACUCAGGAGGAUAGCGAAGAACAUUUAACACCUAAACGAUUUCAUAGUCGUGUCCCUUCGAAAGAAGAUCUUUCACCUUCCAGUCUCGCUGACGGUGCAAGAUUCGGCGGAAGCUGUUUAAUUCACGGACCCCCGUUGCCACCGCUUCCUCUUCACACCGAGUGCGAGGAUCUUUCCGUUUCCGGCGACGCAGGGAUCGAGGAAGUUAAAAGUCCAGUUCUGCGGAGUCCUCCGACCUUUUCGCACUCACGCUGCCCUCCAGAAAUUCACAAAUCCUGCAUCUGCGUGCGUUUCAUCGCUGAGCAUACAAAAAUGCUCGAAGAUUCAACCAAGGUGAAGGAAGACUGGAAGUACGUGGCGAUGGUCCUAGACAGACUGUUCCUCUGGAUCUUCACUCUGGCAGUCUUUGUUGGUACAGCUGGGAUCAUCCUGCAAGCUCCGACACUCUACGACGACAGGGUACCAAUUGAUAAAAAAUUCAGUGAUUUCGCAACCACCACAGUAGUGAACUGUCCGCCGCAAUAGUCCAUGCCUGAGCCCUGCACCGUGGAGAAAAACUAAGGACCAAGAACCGGAAGUAACGCACUACCAACCCGGAAACCCAUCCUAGCCUUAGGACUUCCAGCGACUUCCAGCGACGUUCAAUAACGAAAUUACGGUAAAAGGGCUCCAUUUUCUAAGACGAUUGUAAAGUAUACGACGUACACCAAGUACAGGACGCGAAGCAAACCAAGAUGAAGGGAGAUUCGAUGGAAACAUUUUCGAAUUGCUUUCUUCACGUUAAUGAACAAUAAUUAUUCUUGACCAUAAUGUUGUAUGUAAAGUGCUGUCAAUAACACUCAGUCAAGAAUGUUCGAAACUCCUGCUAACUUUCAAUAACUUGCAGGUAGGAAACAAUAAUUAAUUGACGAAUGAGCGAAGUUUAAUAGAAGUAGCGAAUGCCAAUUGAAUUCAUAAAUCUUCAAUAUAUGAUAUUACAACGGUUUUUUUAAGUAUAGCUUCGAAGUAAUGGUUUAAUAUACUUAAUUUAUCUAACAAUAUAUUAAUUCUAGAAUAUUUCUUAAACUUUAUACAGAAUAAUUUAUAUCAUUACAUCUGAUAUUAAUUGUAACAAACGCGUAUUUAUAAUAUCACAUUUUCUAACUAUGUUCUCUUUACUAUGUUUCAUUAAUAUUCGAUAGUGACAAUUGAAGGAAAUGUUGCAAAAAAAUCGUUAAAUCAUAUUUCAGUAAAUUCCUUCGGAAUUGCAAUCGACGAAGACUUUGUGCAAGUACAUUAACUGUAAAAUAAUAACUACUUCAUCGCGUACGAACAAUAAUCAGUACAUUGGCAAAGUUGAUUUCAGUUAGUAAUUCAGACACGUUCGUCGUGAAAAGGGAAAGAAGCUCUCGGAAUCUUCCUUCAUUUCAUCACCAUCGACUCGAAACGAAUGACUCGUGGUCAUUGAUUCCUGACUUAAAUUCGAGUGUGUCGUCACGGUGAACAGCGAACGACACCAUUUUGAAGAAACUUAUACCUAUAUAGUCUGCUCAAGUAAAUCGUAAUAUGAAGCUGCCACUACUUAAUCGGGUUUAAAGCAACAAGUUAAGUAAAGGUAAUAAAUAAUUUAGUUAAACCCUUGACUCUCACGUCGCAGAUUGAGGUAAAGUAAAAAGUGUUAACUAUUGUGAAAAUCGAUCGAUCGACCAAGGGUUAUAAACAUUUACGAAUAAAAUUGUCGUACGGUCGCGUGUUUUAUAUAAUACCGUUUAUCCGACACGUUAAGAAAAUAAAUUAUUCUUAGGCAUCACGAUUGUAGGUAGCUCGUUGUACGACACGAAUUUAGUGUGUAACUUAAUGUAUAAUCGAUUAGCAUUAAUCAUUUAGGAACGUACAUAACCGUUUGUACGAAUGUAUCUUUAAGAAAGAGAGAUCAUGGAUCAUGAAUGAAUGUAACGAAAUAUCACUCGAAGUUCUCAAUAUUGUUUUGUAAGAUACUAUUAAGUACUUUUCAAUUAUUACACGUUCAUCUCGCUAGAAAUGUGUCUCGAUUCAUUAACUCUUAAUGUCGCAAAAUUCGUAAUUGAGAUAUUCAUGAAAUAUUAUUAAUCUUUGUAUCACGAACUAUCAAAUCAUACAACAUCUUGCAUAUAUUAGAUACGUUUAAACAAUUUUAAUUUCUUAGAUUCUUUAUUUAUUGAUGCUUCUGUGAUUCAUAUUGUGCAUUGUUUCGAGCCAACUGAAUCAAAAUGCAAAACAACGGUUUCUUCUUAAUUAUACAUAAAUUCUUCACUAACUUUUGAUCUCCUUGUUCGUAAAACUCAAAUUGUUAUUUAUCUGGACUUUCAAAAUGAUGCAAAAUUGUAAUUUUCAAGUAUUGGAAGUGUCCCAUCUAAAAAUGUGAAAUGUUAACAUUAACGAUGUCCCAAAUGAAACAUAAAUGAAAUGCAUUACUUUUAAUUUCACAAAAAAAUAGCCAUCGAUAUAUAAUAUUUCUACAAAUUUUUACUGUUCAUUAUGAAGUGACCUCGCGUAUGCUACCUUACGCUUAAGGGUUUCAUUGUCAUUUAAUAAUCGGCACCUGCUGGUCACGCUACCGAAUAUGCUGUUUUAGAAAUAUUUCUAACACGUUCUUUGUUCGGAUCACACACCUCACAACGCUCUUUACCAAUUAUUUAAGAGUGACCGAUGCUUUUCGAAGGUGAUCGAUGAAAGGCGUUGCGACAAGCGUGACCAUGUAACACCAGUUAUCGAAAUCGUUCGGUGAGAAUAAUCAUUUGUCCCUGCUGUUCGGUGCACGCGGCUUAAGGUUGAGUGAAGUUUCGUUACGGAUAACAUUAGUCUCGGUGAGAAUGCUGUAUUUUGUAACGAAAGAAUCGAAACACGCGAGACAUUACAAUAAUAAUAACCAAUAGUAUGGUAAGAACAAGUAAAGCAUACGAAUUCUAAAGCUGAUAGAUGUAGCUGAUUGAACAACCGAUGACGUCGUUGUUCAAUGCCGUAGUACGUGGUUAAUGUUACUGUGGGUUUGUCAUCGUUUUGUCUCUUCAUUAGGUUCGACCGUUUCUUUGUCCAAUCACGCGCCAUGUAUAAACAUCCUACUAUCGCAGUUAAUGAUCGUUAGUUGCGCAUUGUCGUGCAAGCGGACUGAUACUCGCGUCGGAGAAUCCGCGAUUCCUCAGCUUAAGCUAUCGGACGACCAUACUGGAUCUACAGUAAGAGCCCCAACUCCUACACGUUUUUCUUCCCCUUCGACUGCUUAACAUGCUCCAACCUAUUUCCAAUGAGGGAAAUAGAUGAGGCCGUGACAUGCAUGGUUGGUAGAUCAUAUAUGUGUACCUAUAGACGCGGCUUCGGAUAAUUUCUCUGAAGAAAAAAUAAAUCAUCUACGUGAGGUCACGCGUGGCCAAGAUGUAUAAGCUAUGCUAGUAUGUAAGUGCGUACUAUCUAUUCAGUUCCAAGAGGACAUAUGUAACAAAAUUUCAAUACGCAAAACAAUUUUAAUGCUCGAUUUUAAUAUGUUGUUAAUUUUUGCAAGAUAAGUAUCUAGAUGUAUACAUAUAUUCUUUUUAAAGUAUCCAAGUUAAAUAGUUCUCAUUGUAACAUGUUUUGGAAACACAUGGGGGAAAGAAGCUGUGUUGCCAGAGAAUUGAUGCCGCGCGGGGAAUCUUCUUCCUCCCAUCCCCCGUAAGCCUUUCCCCGUAAACGCCGACAAACUGAAGAGUAGCAAAGGGGAUACGUAACAGCACUAGACCUAGUAUCGUCAGGUGACAAUGCGUAGGUCAGCUUUUUGGUCACGACGCAUCCUCAUCAAUUCAGUGUUCUGAAAUCCGAGAGUCUUCGAUGCGAGUGGGGAAGAAAGUAGCUUUUGGAUAAUUGCGGAGCGAGGGUGCGAUGAACGGGGAACCACACGCGCCAUAAAUUCCCUGGCAAUACGGGAAAGAAGUCUUCAUCUGGUUUCGCUGACCCAGAGUCGUGUGUGCAGGAAUUGGCGCUAGUACCGUACAACUUUAUGAAACGAUGCUUGAGCAUUUUCGGCGAAUAGCACGGUCGAACGUUGGCGUCCAGUCGCGAAUCUCGAAUUCUUCGACGUCCAUAGGCAUGUUCAUAGCUGAGAAUCGUAGUUCGAACGCAUCCAAGGUAAGAUGCCUUACGUCACGUUGGAUUUGUAAAUACAUUUGUAGGAUGAACUGUAUAUCGGUAUUACGUAAAUACUGCCAUUAGAGAGUGUUGUUAGCGUGAGAGAUGUUUUUUGUAUCGUUGUACUGGUGAAAUCCUCGAUUCUUCGUCAGCCAGUGACUGAAGCAAUGAUGGCUACGAGGGUUAAUUGAUAAACGAUGACCGCGAACACUUCUGUUAUAAACCGUGUGUACACGGUGAUCGGCGGCGUUUCGACGCCAACGAAAUUUUCAUAUUUCCACGACGACCACCAGUCGGUUACGCUACCUACAAGGCUUUUAUUAUACCGAACGCGCAUGAAAUAUAUACGCUACUUGUAGUACCUCGUCGUGGUGGAACAGUCACCUGCGGAUCGUGCGAUCGACAACAGUUUUAUCAUAAAUAGGAUUCGCCACUGGUGCGUCGUCCUAGGUUGUGCAUCUCGAGUUUAUACACUGGCUGGGCAUCUCUGUUUAUCAAUUAAUGCUGGUAACGAGUACAGUUUUCGACGUCGUUAGAAUCUUCCAGAUGCAAUUGGCGGAUAGGGUAUGUAUUGACCGGGAAGAUGCGUUGUAUGAAUAAUGUCGAGCGACCGAAGGAUCGGUCUCCGGAGAUGUAGUAUUUGAACACGAGUAAACAUAUUCGCUACCUGAUCGAUAAAUCGUCCAGAAAACGCCGAAAUACGGUGAAGUGGAGCGGGGUCUGUUUCGUCGAUCGUGGUUAGCCUGAAACCAGAACUCCCCCUUAGAGGAACGAACAAAAUAAAUAAGAAAUUUACUUUGCACUAGAGUAAUAGGGAAGAACGCACACAAUUUUCUAUGAUAGAGUCGGUUACUACUUUACGUGUAACGUCGUAAUUAUUCGUUAGUGUGUUGAAAACAGCUGACACGCGGUGGCCAAUGCCAGUGAUACAACGGGGUAGCUAGCAUCGAACUUGUUCCUCUUUCUAAGUGACUGAGUACGAUAAAAGCGAUCGGAAUAAUAACGGAAUAAGAAAUUCUGUUUAACUCAUGACAAAAUAUAUUUUCUAAUCGGAUACUAUUAGAUUUGUAAUACUAUUUACUUUCUGUUACUAUAUUAUCCUGGAUUGUUAAUAUUGCGAUUCGAAAAGUAAUUGUUCAACUGUCACACGUUCACAGUAACCUCUAUCUUUGCUAAUUAAGAAUGUGAACAUGAUUUAUAAUCAUAGCUAAUUAAUUAAUUUAUAAUUACUUAUUUGGUAACUAAAAAUAUGAAUGAAAGCUUGCAAUAGUCCUUUCUUAUGCAGAAAUGGAGAAACCAAUUAAAAAGACUAUUUGAGAGGGAUCGAUAAUCAGCGAAUUAUUCGAUACGCUAUGUUAAUAUUGUUUCCUGUCCACAUAUACAGUAAUAUCGAAUAUUUCAAUUAUACUUGACCGAAUCACUGGAAUUAGUCACUGUGUGCCGGGUCGUUAGCUCGAUGCUACAAUAACGAACCUUAAAGUUUCACUUUGACAAUAGUAGAUUAUUCCACCGAUAGUCAGCUAUUGUUACUUUGAUAUUUUAACAGUUGUUAAUGAAUCGCAGACGUUUAAUUAUUGUUAGGGAUGGGCGAUCGGGAUACAAGUGACUGCUAUUCCUGGCGAGGAAAGCUGAUAAUAUUUGAAGCGAAGAGCAAGUGGUAUCUAGUUAGGUAAUAGCGACAUAGAAGAAACUAACUAACCGUAAGGUGUAAAUAAUGUGUACAUAGACAAACCGUAACGUAAGUCAGAGGCUAUAAAUUGGACUUUUUUUACCAUUUCGAGAACCUGGGGUGUCCCAGGAUAUUGUUCAGGACACGAUGAUGGUCGGUAGCGAAAACAUACUUGUAAGUUUUAUUUAUCAAUGACAACGAACAAAUCAAACUAAUUUCUGUCCUUUUUGAUUGUACAAUUCCUAUGAGUUCCAUUCGAUCGUUUAUUUCGGAUGAUCUAACUUUCGAUCGAUUCGAUUCGAGCAUUCGUGUCGAAAAUUCAUAAAAUUCAUUCAGUUAGAACUUCUGGGUUCUGUAUAAAUGGUGUUCGUUUUCUUCUAUCGAGUAACUCGCUUGGAGAGAGAUCAUUACUCGUCAAGUCAUGUACUAAUAUAAAACAUAAUGUGCAAAUGUCAUAGUUCAGCGAAUUGACUUUUGUGAGCUAGGGCUUCGAAUGGUUUUGGAAAUUUGGUAACAGUUUCACGUGAGCAUUUGAAUGACUGUAAUAAACAAUUGCGAAUGUAACGCAUUCGAGUUAUGUUACUGCGUUGUCAGCCAUUUUGUCUUCGCAUGAACAAAAUGCCAAAUACAAGAUCACAAAUGUUUGUUUCUACAUAUAUAGGGUGAUGUAUUUGAAGCGUUACUUAGAUUGAUUCAUUUUUUCAAUGGUAAUAAUUAUUACUCAAAUUUUCGAAGGCAACAGCCAUUAAUGGUUCAUUUCAUUCGUUGCCAAUCACGAUGAUGUCUGUUAUUCACAGAUGUUUAAGAAUUUAUUAAAUAAUUGUUCAAAAAUGA